AUGCCUUCCAUAGCCGUCAUCUUCGAAGACGAGCCGGCAUGCAUCGACUGCCAUCCCAACUGCCAGGCCUGCGACCUGGCCAAGCCGCGCGAGUGCACCGAGUGCGCCCCGGGGCUGGUCCUGCGCGCAGACAGCACCUGCCAGCGCACCUGCGGCUCGGGCGCGCGGGCCUCCUUCGACCUGGCCGCCGGCCGGUCCGUGUGCGUGCCCUGCCCGGCCGGGUGCGUGGCGUGCGAUGCCGAUGGGUCGUGCACCGCGUGCGGCACGCAGCUGCACCUCAGCCCCACCGGCCAGUGCGAGGUGGCCUGCCCGGCCGGCACGACCACCAUCCUCGGGACCCAGGUGUGCGCCGAGUGCGCGCCCAACUGCGACACAUGCCUGGGGACCGGGUCGCACCAGUGCGACUUCUGUGCCACCGGCUAUGUGGCCAUGCAUGGCGAGUGCCGGAGCGCCUGCCCGGCCGGGCCCGCCUGGGCCAGCAGCAGCGGCGCGUGCGCCCGGCUGCCGGUCAACUGCACCGACAUGGUGGAUGGCGUGUGCGCCGGGUGCGCGCCCGGCUUCUUCCUCAUGGACAAGGCGUGCGUGCCCUGCCCGAGCGGCUGCGCCGCAUGCACCUUCGGCACGUGCACCGCCUGCCAGGCCGGGCUGUUCCUGCGCGACGGCGCCUGCCAGGCCAUCUGCCCGUCGAAGACCUUCGCCGACGCGGCCCAGCGCCGGUGCCAGGCGUGCGAUGGGUCGUGCGCCGAGUGCACCGGGCCGCUGGCCGGCGACUGUGCCAGCUGCCCGGCCGGCCGGUAUCUCUCCAGCACCAACACCUGCCUGCCAUGUGUCGGGGCCAAUUGCGCCUUCUGCUCGCAGGGCCAGACGUGCGAUCGCUGUGAGCCGGGCUUCUGGCGCCACGAUGGCCAGUGCAUCGGCGGCAACAGCUGCCCGGCCGGGUAUGGCCCGCUGCCGGACAUGGGGAACCUGGCCGCCACGCAGGAGCGCAUUUGCGGCCCGUGCCACCCCACCUGCGGCCGGUGCUCCGGCCCCGGGGCCGACCAGUGCACCGACUGCUCGGAGGGGCUGACCCUGGUGGCCGGCACGUGCACCUGCCCGGUGGACGGCGCCUGCCGGACCGGCUGCCCGGCCGGGUGCAGCGUCUGCGACGCCACCGGCACCGCGUGCCUGCGGUGUGACGCGGGCCGCCUGCUGGACCACGCGGCCCGGGCUUGCCUCGGGCCCGGUGUGACCGCCUGCCCGGCUGGCACCUAUGACGACAAUCAGGAUGGCUGCCGGGCCUGCCCGACGGCCAAUUGCCACACAUGCGGCCCGGAUGGCGUGUGCAGCCGGUGCGCCAGCGGGUUCCUGCUCAGCGGCCAGGCCUGCGUGGCCGAGUGCCCGCGCGGCCAGCAGGCCGACGGCGCCGGCCAGUGCACGGCCAUCCCGGUGGCCGGGUGCGCCACCGCCGUCGGCGGCAAGUGCACCGCCUGCCUGGGGGAUGCGCGGCUCCGCGACGACGGCAUGGCCUGCGUGACAGCCUGCCCCGCGGGCCAGGCCUUCAACCGGCCGGCCAACACCUGCGACGCCUGCCCGGCCGGCUGCCUGAUUGACCAGUGCAUCGCGUACACCGACUCGCUGGGGGGCGGCCAGGAGGUGCUGGCCUGCAAGGCCUGCCCCCAGGGCAGGGUCCUGGCCCGGGACGGCACCUGCCAGGCUGCCUGCCCGGCCGGGGAAUUCCCCAAGGCCGGGGCGUGCAUCGAGUGCCACCCCUCGUGCGGGACCUGCGCCGAUGGCACGACCUGCCUCGGCUGCCCGGCCGGCAAGGUCCUCCUGGAGGGCGCCUGCCUGGACCAGCAGCCGACCAUGACCUAUGUCACGACGGCCGGGGCGCUGGCCCGGUGCCCGGCCGGGUGCGACGAGUGCGAGGACGGCACCGGCGCCUGCGACGCCUGCACCCAUGGGUACUUCCUGCUGCCGGCCGAGCGGACAUGCGUGCUCGGGGGCUGCCCGGCCGGCAGCCUGCAGGACAAUGGCACGUGCCGGCCCUGCCCGAGCCGCUGCCAGCGCUGCCGGGUGGAUGACGGCACGCUGGCCGGCAGCUCGGCCGGGGCCUCCUCCUCGGCCUCCGGCAGCGGGGCCCAGGGCAGCGGGUCCGGCGCGGGGGAGCUCGUGUGCGAGCUCUGCCAGGCGCCCUUCUACCUGCAUGAGGGCGCCUGCGUGGACGCCUGCCCGGCCCGGACGUACCCGGCCCCGGCCGACCCGGACGACAUGUCCCAAACGGUGGCCGGCGUGUGCGGGCCCUGCGCGGAUGGCUGCGCCAGCUGCAACUGCGGCGCCGCCACCGGCUGCUGCCUGUCCUGCCAGCCGGACCGCGUGCUGCUGAAUCUCGGCUGCGCGCUGGACACCUGCCCGGAGCGCUUCUUCGAGAUCGACGGCGGCGGCCUGGACCGCGCGUGCGCCAGCUGCUUCAACCAGUGCCUCGAGUGCACCUCCCCCGAGAAGGCCGACUGCGACAAGUGGCACCCCAACUAUGGCAAGGCCAUGCGCCUGCUGACCCAGGCCCUGAUCAUCAUCGCCGUCAUCAUCGGCGUCUUCGUCAUCAUCGGCGUCGGCGCCUGCAUCUACCGCUACAAGAAGCACCACGUCGGCAAGAAGGGCUCCUCCACGUCCUUCGAGAUGUCCUAAGCCGCAGGGCGGGGACACCCGUCUGCAGGGGGCGGGGGGAGAGGGGGAGGCGCGCGGCAUGGGGCGCAGAGGGCGGACACUCGCCCGGCCGGCCGCCCGGCCGCCCCGUGUGCCCACUGGACGAGAGCACCCUCCCCCCGCCCGCGACCCGGGAGGACCGUCGUGGCGGGGCGCACGCACACGCCCGCCGGCCGGGGACAGUUUUCCCUGGUGCGGCGCGUGCGUGGCUGCCGCCGGCAUGGUGUGGCCGGCCUCUGGGGCCUUCUUUUUUCUCCCCUCCCUCCUCGCGGCCCGGGCUGAGUUCCCCAUGUGCCACGCGCCCAUCCCUCCGCUCCGGUGUCCCCGGCUACACGAGGCCCGAGCAGUGCCUUUGAGUUUCCGCCGCACUGUGCCUCGCGCCAGAGGGGGGGAGCCGGAGCAGGAGGGGCGAACGCCCCGGGUGUGGGGGGGGGCAUGCCGUGCCCGGCGAUGUGGCCGAGCGUGUGCGGGCGCCGUGCAGGUGCCCAGGGACACCCCCGCGCCCGAGCCCCCUGCCCUUCUCCUCCCGCCGGGUGAAGGGCAGGGGACCGGGGGAGAACUUGGGCCCCGCGCGCGCGCCGCCCCCCGCCCCAUGCUCCAGCCCCUCGCGGGGGUUGUAUUUUACCGAGGACCAUUUUUCCUUCCCAUCAAUAUAGUAUCUUUCUGAAACAACAAAAAGUGGGCCGACCGCUGCUAGGCCCGUGGCGGCAGGGGGGGGG